AUGAAAGGGGUGAUGAGGUUUGGUAGGAAGGGUAAGCCGAGCCCUGGGUACGUCGGACUGUUCAAGAUUCUGGAGAAAGGUGGUUUGGUGGCGUACAAGAUAGCAUCACCACUCGCAUUGUCUAGGAUACAUGAUGUGUUCCACAUGUCCGUGCUUAGGAGGUAUGUUCCAAAUCCUUCGCAUGUGAUCAUUUACGAGUCAUUAGAGCUCAGGGACAUGUUAGCAUAUGAGGAGCUACUAGUUCAGAUCCUAGAUCAUAGAGAGCAGAAGUUACGUACAAAGAGGAUUCCUUUAGUAAAAGUAUGGUGGCGUAAUCUCGCAAUAGAAGCCCAAUGGGAGUUAGAGCCAGAGAUACGUCAUAAGUAUCCUCAUCUUUUCAGAGACGCCCAAUGCUAG